UUUUUAUUUGUAUUUUUAUUUUUAAAUGCUGCAUGCUGCCACUCCUGCCAUGGCUUGGGGUGUGGGCGGCAGCCACUGGGCCAUCUUCUCCAUUCCAAUUUUCUCGAUUCGCAAAUGAGUGAUCCUUAUUUAUCUUCUCUCUCUAAUGGCGACCACCACUCCCCUACUGCCGCUCUCAAACAUCGAUUUCUCGGUCUCGUACUCCAGAGGAGGACGAUGGAAGACUGCCCCGCCCAUCCCUUUUCUCAGUACCCGUCGCCCAGAACUUAAGGUUUCGCACAGAUUCUCAAUACCCACUCGAUUUGAGCCAAAUGGGCGUGUGGUUCGUUCGCGCUCGAAUGAUUACUCGGUUGGUGACUCAUGCGAAGAGCAGAGCCUCUCCGACGAUAAACCCACAUCGGCGGAGAACCCAGAACCUCAAGUUCAAAGCCGCUUAUGGAAUUGGAGAGGUUAUUCUGUCCGCUAUCAGUACUCUGGCAGCAGUGGUCCUGCAUUGGUUUUAGUUCAUGGUUUUGGAGCAAACAGUGACCAUUGGAGGAAAAAUAUUCCAAUUCUUGCAAAAUCACAUAGGGUAUACUCAAUUGAUCUUAUUGGUUAUGGUUACUCAAGCAAACCAAAUCCUCGUGAGUUUGGCAAGAACUCCUUUUAUACAUUUGAGACAUGGGCUGCUCAGCUAAAUGAAUUUUGUAUUGAUGUGGUUAAAGAUGAAGCAUUCCUUGUAUGCAAUUCCAUUGGAGGACUUGUUGGUCUUCAGGCAGCUGUUAUGGAGCCAAAUAUAUGUAAGGGCAUUAUUCUUCUAAACAUAUCACUUCGGAUGCUUCAUAUAAAGAAGCAGCCUUGGUACGGAAGACCCUUGAUCAGAUCAUUCCAGAAUUUUCUGAGGAAUACUGCUGUGGGAAAAUAUUUUUACAAAACUGUUGCUACACCAGAGUCUGUGAGGAGUAUUCUUUGCCAGUGUUACCAUGACACUUCCCAGGUGACAGAAGAACUAGUUCAGAAGAUCCUUCUUCCAGGACUUGAGCCUGGUGCUGCAGAAGUGUUUCUUGAGUUCAUUUGCUACUCAGAGGGACCUCUUCCUGAGGAACUGCUGCCUCACGUGAAGUGCCCUGUUUUGGUAGUAUGGGGUGAUAAGGAUCCAUGGGAACCCAUUGAGCUUGGAAGAGCAUAUGAAAAUUUUGAUUCUGUUGAGGACUUCGUUGUCCUCCCUGAUGUUGGCCACUGCCCUCAGGAUGAGGUACCUCAUCUUGUGAACCCGCUUGUUCAGUCUUUUGUGGCUCGGCAUGCUACUCCGGAAGCUACUGUUUCUGCAAAAACCAUAUGAUAAAGCUCCGUCGGUUUGAAAUCUUUUUCAAGUUUCUCUUCUCAACGCCAUUGCACAUUAGAUGCGACUUCUCAUCCACUGGAAGUAUUGUACUCAGCUUUGAAUUUUGAUAAGAUAUUGCAUUUCAGUGUCAUGAUUCUUCAUCUUGGAAAUCCAAAACUUGUGCCUGUCAACUGUAUUUGCUAACUUCUGUGCAUGACUUCACUCUUUGUAAACUCCACCCUACUAAACUUCUUCAUGUAAUACCAAAUCAAUUUUUCCA